AUGACCUCCAUCCCCAUCGCGCAGGGCAACCCUGCCCACCUGCUUCCCCCAAGCUGGAAGACCCAAGUCACGGCAUGGCUGGCCGAAGACACCCCAUCUUUUGACUACGGCGGCUACGUGGUCGGUGAUGGCGAGCGCACCGCCAUCCUCUGGGGCAAGUCGGACGGCGUCAUUGCCGGUCGCCCGUUCUUCGACGAGGUCUUCACCCAGUGCGGCUGCACCGUUGAGUGGCACGCCCAGGACGGCGACUCCAUCGCCACCGGCCGCCACGACGGCGGCAAGAUGAAGGUGGCCACCGUGCGCGGCCCCGUGCGCGGCAUCCUGCUGGGCGAGCGCGUGGCCCUCAACACGCUGGCCCGGUGCUCCGGCAUCGCCACCCGCAGCCACGAGCUGGUCGUCAAGCUCCGCGACGCCGGCUACCGCGGCAUCCUCGCCGGCACGCGCAAGACCACCCCGGGCUUCCGCCUGGUGGAGAAGUACGGCAUGCUGGUCGGGGGCGCCGACGCCCACAGGCACGACCUCAGCUCCAUGGUGAUGCUCAAGGACAACCACGUCUGGAGCCGCGGGAGCAUCACCGACGCCGUGCGGGCCGCCAAGGCCGUGGCCGGGUUCAGCGUCAAGGUCGAGGUCGAGGUGCAGAGCGAGGCCGAGGCGGACGAGGCCAUCGCCGCCGGGGCCGAUGUGGUGAUGCUGGACAACUUCGCGGGCGAUGGCGUCAAGGUGGCUGCGAGCAGUCUGAAGACGAGGUGGCAGGGGAAGCACCACUUCCUGCUCGAGGUUUCUGGCGGCUUGAGGGCCGACAACGUGGAGCCAUACGUGUGCAAUGAUGUUGAUAUCAUCUCAACUAGCUCUAUCCACCAGGGUGUACCUCAUAUUGACUUUUCGCUAAAAAUUGAGCACUGA